CCGAGUUUUUUUUUAAUAUAUUUAUGAAAUCACCAAUACCUAAAACGCAUUAGGGUUUUUCUUCAUUCAUAUUUGGCCCCUUCCUCAAAACCCUUUCUUUUCCUUGUCCCGAUUGUCCUCCCGCCGGCGGCCUAAAAUAAUGGCGACAAUUGCAAGACGCGGCGGAUUGUCUCUCCUCCAGAGGCUCUUCUUCGCCUCGACUACACGCCGGAGACCCGACGCUGCCAACCGACCCCUCCUCCUCCUCCUCCUCACCUGCAACGCUCUGUCGAAUCCCUUCAGAAAUUACUCAACUGCCCCUGUCUCGAAAGAUCGUAAUGAUAACGUCCACCACGAGAUGUCCGGCGGCCAAGAAGCCAUAGCCGCCGCGCAGCAGCAGAAGAAGAAGACGACGAAGGAGGAGGUUAUGGAAGAAGGGGAUUUUCCGGAGGUGCGCGGAACUGCAGAGCGCGCUGCUGCGCUUUUGAGAAAUUUCCUUGAAACAGCUCCUGCAAUGGCGGAGGAUGAGGAUGAUGAUGGUGGUGAAGAUUAUAACUUUGACAACGAUGAUGAUGAGGAUGAUGAUGAUGUUAAGGAAAAUAACGAUGAUGAUGAGGAUGAUUUUUAGGACAGAUUUAUUCUGAUCUUUUUUCACUAGUCUUUGUUCUAUGAAUAACGUUUGGAGGACAUCCAAGUGGUGACACGAUUUUGACGCCAUGCAUUGCAUCGAUCCACUUGCAAUAAUAAGUGUCUGUGCGUGCAUAUUGUGUUAAUAUAAUGUCACCACUUUGAGGUACCUUCUUAUAUUUUUUGUGUUGUGUUUUAGUUUAGCGAAUUUAAUCAAUUUACUCUUUCUGG